AUGCCGCUGGAUACCUCGACAACAUAUCCCCUGACGCGGCUGCGCCUUGACGGUCGCCGCUGGAACGAGCUCCGCCUACUUCAAAGCCAGAUCUCAACCAACCCCGCCAGCUCUGGCUCUUCAUACCUAUCCAUGGGCAACACAUCAAUCAUGUGCUCUGUCCACGGUCCCGCCGAGGGUCGCCGAGGAGAUGGCGGAGGCGGCGCAGCGGGUAGUGGCCACGCAGUAGUGGAAGUAGACGUCAAUGUCGCCGGAUUCGCCGGUGUAGAUCGCAAGCGGAGAGCCGGUGGAAGUGAUAGACAAUCAUCGCGAAUUGCUACAACCCUCCGCUCAGCCUUCCAGUCUCACCUCCACACCUACCUCUACCCCCACAGCACAAUCAGUAUCCAUGUCUCCGUUCUCUCUGCCGAUGGCUCAUUGCUCGCCGCGGCUAUCAAUGCCUGUACCCUAGCGCUUGUGGACGCUGGAAUCCCCAUGCCAGGACUACUCACUGGCUGCACUGCCGGUAUGAGCGGUAGCGCCUCUACACCGCGUGAUCCGCGACAUGACGAGCUUGAUCCACUGCUGGAUUUGUCACUUCCAGAAGAACAAGAACUACCUUCGCUUACUGUUGCGACGACGACGGCAGUACCUGUUGGCGAGAACAAUAUGGAUGAAGACGAUGAGGCUAUGAAGGUGUGUGUGCUUACUAUGGAGUCUAAGGUUCACGCUACGUACCUUGACACAAUGUUGGCGGUCGGGAUCGAUGGGUGCAUCAACAUGGAUAUGCACGGAAUGGACAUGCCAAUGGCCACAACGACAACCUCUGCAGCCAUGUCCAGCGCUACAGGAAUGAAAAUGGGUGGCAUGAGCAUGGGAGGUAGCUGCAAAAUCUCGAUGCUCUGGAACUGGUACACCGUCGACGCAUGCUUCCUCGCCCGAUCAUGGCACAUAACCUCCCGCGGCAUGUUCGCCGGCUCAUGCAUCGGAGUAAUCUGUCUAGUCCUAAGUCUCGAAUUUCUCCGCCGUCUAGGCCGAGAAUAUGACUCGUUCAUUGUGCGUCGAGCACGUCUUCGAAGACUCUACAUGUCUUCCAACCCUCAAUCAGCCUCCAACGUCCCGCUACGAAGUGAAGAUACCAAUACCACCAAAGCCGGUAACUGCUGCAAUGCGGAUUCUACCUUCACAGACGACGACAUUACUCCCGCGGGUCCGCAGAACGGCACGAAGCAGUCUGCAUCGACUAAUGUCGUUGGCGUGAAGGAGAGUCUUGCUCCGUAUCGGCCAUCGCUUGUUGAGCAUACCGUGCGGUCGUUGAUGCAUAUGGCGCAGUUUGCGGUUGCGUAUAUCAUCAUGUUGUUGGCUAUGUAUUUCAAUGGGUACAUUAUUAUUUGUAUCUUCAUUGGGGCUUUCCUGGGGGCGUUUAUCUUUUCCUGGGAGCCGGUUGAUUUGAAUAAGGAGUAA